AUGGUGAAGGAGCUGGUGAGUUCAAGGGCUGAUGUCAAUCUAAAGGAUGAUGACGGGAAAAAACCAUUGACAACUUCUUGUUUUGAAGGACAUAUAACAGUGGUUGAGGAACUGGUAAGGGAAGGAGCUAAUGUUAAUCUACGAACUCGAGAUGGAAAUUCACCACUAAUAUCUGCGUGUUUUGGAGGACAUCCGAGUAUUGUGGAGAAGUUGAUACAUUCGGGGGCCGAUAUCAAUAUGAUGAAUAAUCGAGGAGAUGUGCCACUGGUCACUGCAUGCUUUAAAGGAUAUUUAGAUGUGGUGAAGAAGCUGGUGAAAGCUGGAGCACAUGUUAAUUAA